AAAUGAAGAUAAUUAAUUUAACAAUAUUAUUUAUUUUAGUUUUAUUUUUUUUAAAUAUUUUACAAGUCACUAGUAGACAUCACCAUGGUGAGUGGAGACAUAAUGGUAAAAGACCAUUAACCGAAUACCCAAGACCAUAUACACAUAAUAGCGAGGAUAGUCAAAAUUACCACCAUGGCGAAGGCAGAAAAAACCACCACAGUGAUGGCAGAAGAAGCCACCGUGGUUGUAAAGGUGGUCAUAGACACAAGAACGAAGAUAGUCAAAAUUACCAACAUGGUGAAGACAGACAAAACCAUGGUUGUGACAGUAGUCGUGAUCAUAGUAGUCAUCACCCAACACCAGAUAGCAACAAAAAUAAAUUUUGGAAUGGUGACUCCGACAGUAACAGCAACAGCAACAGUCAUAAUAUAAUUAUCAACAACAAUAAUUAUCCAGUUCCAAGCUAUUCUUCCAAUGAUACUGUCCCAACAGACAAUGGCUGGUCAUCAAGCUUUAGUACUGAGUAUAUCCAUGUUUUUUCCAAACGUUCUUUGGUUUCAUUUAUUAUCGCUUUCUCUUUAACAAGUCUUGUUUUUAUUAUUACAACUUUCUGUAGUUGUAGCUGUGGUUGCAGAGGAAGAAGAUCCCAAUAUACUCCAGUUGUUCAAUUAUAAAAUUAUUGUAACUAAUAAUUUUUAAACCAAUGUACAUAAUAAAUGAAAUAAUAAACAAUAAAAAUAAGUAAUAAAUAAUAAAUUUAAAUUUUAUUUUAUGUUUAUU